CAGAAACUUGGAUCAGUCUGCUCAGUCGUCCUUCACGACCUGGACAACAACCUAUUUUCUCGCCUCAAGAUCAUCUUGAGUAACGAAACGACCAUCUCGGACAGUUUGGUCCAGGUCGCCGCUUUGAAAGCCACGACGAUACUAGUGCAGCACUUCCCGGAAACCGCACCGUCUAUGGCGCACCACCUUCGGCGAUUCGUCACCUCUCCGCUUCCGGCAUUCGAUUAUGAGUUCGUCAGCGAGACGAGCGCGCCUGCGCCUCUCGCCGCCGCCGCCAAAUGUCUUGCGCUGUGCAUCAAGUUGGCUCCUGGCGAUGAUUUGAUCAUGUCCAAUAUGUAUUCCUUGCUGAACUACAUCGCUGCCACCAGCAAGGAUACACACGACGGUUCCAUUGCGCCACAGUCCUUGAACAACUCUGCAUUCUCUGGAUCGGAUCAUCUCACUCUGCAUUCCGUCGAGACUGGCCUCCGUGGAUACACAGAGGACGAAAGGAGACUGAUAGGGAUCAGCACGAUCUCUGUCGUCUCGAGGUUGGCUCUGGAAUUCCAACAGGAAGAGGUCACGAAACUUACGAUCGCGAUGCUGGUACAGAGGCUGCGCUCCGCCGAUCCGACCGCCGAGGCUGCCAUCGCACACAACCUCGUGGACUUGGCGUUGAAGGCCCCAGAAGCGUCGUUUGCGGAUAUCGUUCGAGCGUUUUCCGCGCUCAAUCUAUCGGCCAAUCCGGAUGACCCCCGCUUCUCGAAUAACAUGAUAUUGGCCGCACAAACGAAACUCGCGCAACAUCUGGACCAGAGACCGGAGUUUUACGACUUGUAUCUGCAUGAGCUUUUGACCUUGUUUUGUGACAAGGGUGUGGCAAUACAGAACAUGUCUAUCCAGAAUCGACACGCAAAGACGGACGACAUGAUCGAACAGCUCGUGUCAUUGCUCCUUCCCAUCGACGCAUUGCUCAGCCACGCCGACUAUAAUCCUCAAGUCCGAGCAUCGUCCGCCCUCGUUGCUCAGUUCCGUAAUAUGUGGUUUUUGUGUAUGCUCUUCCAGUUCACAGUUCCAGAGGAGAAGGAAGCAUCCGCGACCGACUGGCGAAAGCCUGCACUUUCCCGCAUCGCGGUCAAGACACCACCCCUAGUUUCUGAGGAAGCCCAUGACUCGCUCGUCAGCGAUGUGGAGUACAACUGCUCGAUCCGCCAGACCUUUGCGCAGAAUGCGCUUGCGAAACAUCGAAGCCUUUUGACAAAGUAUUUGCCGUACCACGCCGGCGAGCUCCGCUCGAUGUCUCCCGGACAAGUCAUACUCCUGCUCACUAUGCAUGACGUUGAGAUCAUGCGUGCGGCGGCAGGCCUCCCGUCCUCCCUCCUAUGCUACUUCACAAAUAAGAGCCUCAAUGAACAUCUAGAACUGAGCACGUGUAUGCAUUCCAUGGCUGAAAAGAUCAUACAUGACUCUGUGAUGGAACUGAGCUUGCAGGCAAGAGAGCAGUCCUUACCUGAAAGCUUAUCAAAGGAGCUUCGGGCACUGCUGAUCGGAAGCACUCAUCGCGUAUCGAAAGCGCGGGAGGUCUCGUUCAAAUAUCUUCACAAGUUGAUCACUUCCUUCCCAGCGCUAUUGUGCGACCCGCCUCUCGUGUUUGCCAUCCUGGAAGUUCUGACGCUAUUGCGUCGGGCUGGGGAGGAAGAGUUCAUCGACGAGUACAAUCCUGUUUACGAAUUCCACUCUGAGAGGGCGGAGGUAACACUAGAGCUGAGCGAUGACUACAAAGUCAGAGAAGAGAUCUUGAAUACCCUGUAUCGAAGCGCGGAACUGUGGUUCGAACUGGCUUUGAGUCGUGCGCCUGUCGAACUGCAGUCUACACUUCAGAAAUAUCUUGCCGUGAAUCAGUCUCUGUCACCUGUCGACACCGUCGACCUCGGCGCAUCCGUUGCAGAGCGAUUUGGAAAGGCGAUAGGCCCUGUCGAGCGGAAGCUGUCUUCUCUCGCCUCCCUUUCUAAAUACAGGCUCGAUCGUGCCAAGGUUCUGGCUAGUCAGAUGGCUUCGAAGGGCUAUUUUGCAGGCGAAAUCGCUGGCCUUCGCUUGGCCAGCAGAGGAGGCCACAAGCUUGAAACGAUGCCCAACGAUGAAGACCCUGUUGCAGAAAUCGAAGCGCUGAAGACCAAGAUGGCAGCUGCGCUUCACGAUAUCAGAGAGCGGCACAGUUCAUUGACCAUACAGGACUUGAAACGUCUACUGUUCCGAUGUGCAUCCGCGUUGAUAUCGGUGACGAGGUACGAACACAGUCUACUUCAUUACAUCGUAGUCUUGCCCUUCGAAGUCUUCACACCGUCUGCCAUAUCCGCCGGAGUUGAAGUCUGGACCUGGGUGAUUUCAGAAAGACCUGAAUUCGAAAUCGCCGUUGUGACCGAGAUCAACUCCGCGUGGAUGGCGAGCAUCAAACAGGAGAAAGGCAUCUUUUCCAAGGUCUUGAAUUACGAUGAUCCCUUCUAUCAUCCUGUAGACUAUGCCCCCACGGAUAAAGAGGUCAUUGAUCGGGCUACCAACAAUGCUCGUCGGCAUCUGUCUCCCCAUACACUCAUUCUGCAGAUGCUGUUUAGUCGGCUCCAAGCAGCUAAAUAUCGAAAGCCUGGCUUGAUGCUUCUUCUUCAACGUUUGGUCCUUCGUUCCGCAAGAGCGCACCGUCAUAUCAGUACUCAUCCUCUUGCUCGUGAAGCGCGCUUUAGUUUCAUUCUUUUCGGAUUUGAGACACUGAAUAGCUCUCGAUUGGAUUCCUUCUGUGAAUAUGUCCUCCGCGAGAGCCUGUACACGGCCGCUUUUUCUUGGUUCUCAGUGAGACCUCAAUGGUCGCACGGUGCUAACCGUCUGCAGAUGGACGCCGAUAUGAAGUUACUAGGAGAGUUCUUAUCAUGCUUGCAAUCGGACACUGCUCGUUGCUUUUAUCAAGUAUCGAGCCUGUCUCCAUCUCAGAACUCGUCGGCAGACUCUUGUAUCGCUUUUUCAGCCUAUAUCACGCGUCUCAAAAACUUGAGCGCUCCUCUGAAGCUGUUGGUGGAGAAUGAGAUGUAUCGCCUGUCCGUCUGGGGCAAUCCGAUCAAUGACGCCAAAAGAGGUGCAGACUACGCUGCAAACGCGGAGCGAACAAUGUUGGAGAGUCAAUGGAUUGCUGCUAUUCGGACUGUUUGGGAGGUUGAUCCUGCUAUCGCGGUUCACUUUGUGGAGCGCUUCAAGCAACCUGCGGUCAUGAACGAAGUCAAUCGAUCAGUGAGGUCUAACCCACGCAACGUUCUUCAUGUACCAGAAGCCGUGCGAUAUCUAUUAGGAGAGCGAGUCGAUUCAGGUCUUCGCCGUGACCUAAGGCACUUGUUAGUCUGGGAUCCCGUCCCUCCCGUGCUCGCAGUGACGUUCUUUGAGCCUCGGUAUCACAACGAGCCAGUGAUUCUUCAAUAUGCCCAUCGUGUUUUGGAGCAGCAUCCCGUCGACUUGACAUUCUUUUUUGUCCCUCAGAUCGUGCAAGCUCUUCGCUACGAUGACCUGGGUUACGUUACACAUUUUAUCUUCGAAACGGCAAAAAUAUCUCAGCUGUUCUGCCAUCAAAUCAUAUGGAACAUGAAGGCCAACUGUUACAAAGACGAUGCCGCUGAAGUGGAAGAUUCCAUGAAGCCCAUCCUGGAUCGAAUGACCGAUCAGAUUGUGUCUUCAUUAUCGGGUGAAGCCAGAGACUUUUAUGACCGCGAGUUUGGCUUCUUCAAUGAAGUAACGUCAAUAUCGGGUAAAUUGAAACCUUACAUUAAGAAGUCGAAACCGGAAAAGAAGGCCAAAAUUGAUGAAGAAAUGGCGAAGAUAGUUGUCGAUGUUGGGGUUUACUUACCGAGCAACCCAGAUGGUAAAGUGGUUGAUAUUGACAAGAACUCUGGGCGGCCUUUGCAAAGUCACGCCAAGGCAAAUUCAUGUCAUGCCGUCCUGAUGAAAUUAAAUUAUCAGGCGCCGUUCAUGGCGACGUUCAAAGUGCGCAAGGAACGGAUAGUCAUUGACGCCGAUCCCGACUCUCUCCUUACCAAUGACGAAGGAGGUGAGGAGCAUCGACAAGAGCAAGAUGUAUGGCUGCAGGCUAUUUUCAAAGUCGGCGAUGAUUGCCGUCAGGACGUACUUGCUCUACAGCUCAUCGCAAUGUUCAAGAAUAUCUUCACAAGCGUAGGAUUAACACUCUACCUGUAUCCGUACCGCGUCACGGCAACCGCACCUGGGUGUGGCGUUAUCGAUGUUGUACCAAACGCAACUUCUCGUGAUGAGAUGGGUCGUGCGAAGGUGAACGAUUUAAUCGACUUCUUCGUAGCCAAAUACGGCGGACAAGACAGCAUCGCGUUCCAGAAGGCACGGUUGAAUUUUAUUCAAUCCAUGGCCGCGUAUUCCCUUGCAUGCUACAUAUUACAAAUCAAGGACCGUCAUAAUGGAAAUAUUAUGAUCGAUGGAGAGGGACAUAUCAUCCACAUCGACUUCGGCUUCUUGUUCGACAUAGAUAAGUCUUUCUUCCGAACACGUUCGCGUAUAACAAAACUGAUCAAUGCUCUGCUCGACGAUGUUUACGGUGUCAAAUUUGAACCGAACUCAUUCAAGCUCAAUCACGAGAUGGUCGUUCUCAUGGGCGGGCGGUACUCGCAAGGUUACAACCUCUUCCAGCACCUCACCGUCAAAGGCUUCCUCGCCAUCCGUCCACAUGCCGACCAGCUCAUCAGCACUGUCCAACUGAUGCUCGACACUGGUCUCCCGAGUUUCAAGGGCGAAGGCACUAUUCGUCGUCUUCGGGAGCGCUUCGCGCUCGGGUACAACGAACGCCAGGCGGCAGAAUGGAUGAUGAACAUCGUCCGUAAUGCGCAUGAGAAUGUGCGCAGCACGGCGUACGACGAGUUCCAGAGGAUCCAGAAUGGGAUACCAUACAAAUGAAGUGUUUGACGUGUCAUCGCCUUUUUAUCAUGAUAUUGUACGCCUCACCACGCCACAGUACCCAUCUCUACAAUAAAUGUAACCGGUUGGGAUUUAUCCAGUUUUCCGCACAGGAUCCAUUAUU